AAAGCCUCACGAAAACACAGAGAGUCACAGGCGGAGAGAGAGAGAGAGAGAUUCCAUAGUUUAUGGCAACCCGUGUGGUCGUCCCUCCCAAGCACCUCAAAAAUCUCCGCAACUUCACCAGGCCUCUCAGCUCCUCCUCCUCCUCCGCCGCCGCGGUCAAUCAGACCGCAAAGCCCGAACCAACCUUCCAAAAGCCAACCACAACCACAACCACGUCCCUAGGACUCGACGAUGCUGAGAAGCUCUUCUCGUCCGUGCCGACCUCGAAGCUCCUACGCGCCUCGGCAAACCUCCACGCCGCGGCCAUCGAGCCCAUGGUGGAUGUCGGGACGUGGGUCAUGCAGUCCAAGCUCAUGCAUGUGGGCGUGAUCAGGGGCCCCGUAUUGGGCGCCCUUAGGCACACCUUUUACGAGCACUUCUGUGCCGGCCAGGACGCGGCGGCCGCCGGAGAAUCCGUGCGGUGGCUCCACCGUUGUGGGCUCAGAGCCAUGCUCGAUUACGCUGUGGAAUACGCCGGCGACAACGAGUCCUGUGAUCGCAACUUGGAGGCCUUCCUUCACACCGUUGAGUCCGCCAUCACUCUUCCGCCUUCUUCUGUGAGUUGUCUCAUUGUGAAAAUCACCGCUAUUUGCCCCAUGAAGCUGCUCGAGCGGGUGAGUGACUUGUUGAGAUGGCAACACAAAGACCCAUCUUUCAAUCUGCCAUGGAAGCUUCACACCCUCCCCAUUUUCUCUGAUUCAAGCCCUAUGUAUCACACCCUUAAAAGGCCUGAACCAUUAACCCCAGAAGAAGAGCGUGAUCUUCAACUAGGCCACCAGAGACUGCUAAAAAUAUGCCAAAAAUGUCUACAGGCCAAUGUCCCUCUAGCAGUUGAUGCAGAGUACACCUCCAUUCAACCCGCCAUUGACUAUUUCACCUACUCUUCUGCCAUCAUCUACAACAAAGAUGAUAACCCAAUCGUGCAUGGCACCAUUCAAGCCUACUUGAAAGAUGCAAAAGAAAGGCUGCUGCUUGUAUCAAUGGCUGCAGACAAAAUGGGACUCCCCAUGGGGAUCAAAUUGGUGAGGGGAGCUUAUAUGUCAACUGAAAGGAAACUGGCUUCUUCCUUGGGCUUCGAAUCUCCUAUUCACAGUAGUGUACAGGAAACGCAUGUUUGCUACAAUGACUGUGCUUCAAUCUUGCUAGAAAUGAUUUCCAACCGGCCUGGGGCACUUGUUCUUGCCACUCAUAACGUUGAAUCAGGGAGAAUUGCAGUAGCAAAAGCUCAUGAUUUGGGUAUUGGGAAGGUAACCCAGAAGCUACAAUUUGCUCAGCUAUAUGGAAUGGCUGAUGCGCUUUCCUUUGGCUUGAGAAAUGCAGGGUUUCAAGUCAGCAAGUACAUGCCUUUUGGGCCUGUGGAGAUGGUCAUGCCAUAUCUUCUAAGGAGGGCUGAAGAGAACAGAGGUCUUUUAUCUGCUUCAACCCUUGACAGGCAACUCAUGAGGAAAGAGUUGAAGAGGAGACUGACAGCAGCCGUUUUCUAAGGGCGAAGAAGAUGAUGUCUUUGAACAAUCUGUACAAAUAUAUGAAGAUUGUAUCAUGGCAAUUUCGUUGCAGCAAAUAAUUGGUCAUGAUAGGAAAUUCGAUGACUUCUGAUGAAGCACGGCAACAGGAAGAUCCGGGCAAGGCAAGGUUGAUAGCGUGCUACUUUGAUACAUAGCUAGAAACAAAUUACUUUUUUCCUUUUCUGCCUUGAGAAAUCAACGGCAAUUACUUGUCCUUACUCAAACAAAAAAAAACUUAGCUCUUACCCGCAAACUCAACCUACUCUUUGAAAUCAAUCAAUUGAUGCUUAAUGGAAGCUCUUUUUGUCUGAA